AGCUUUUCUUGGUGGUCAUGUGAUUGGAAGUUUGAUGCUGGAUCUACAACAUAUUUUAGUUGCUAUAUAUAUAGCAUAGUUCAUGCCCAUAAGUUUGACAUUGUGACAAAUAAAAAAGGUUUCCACAAUUCUACUUUGACAGGAAAUCUUUCUUAAUCGCGUGGGAUGCUCUGCUAUUGUAGUCAUAUCUUUUGUGAAUGUUUUAAUUUUGUCUUUUAAAUUAGAUAAAUUGAUGAUUCUAAUUGUUGCCCUUGAUGAUUGUACCAGGUAGAACAAAUUAACCACCCACCCACGAAUAAUCUUUUUGAUUUUUAUGUUUUGAAUCUAUUACAAAAUAAGGUAAAGCACUUUUGACUUUUGUGCUCGUUAAAUUGUAUGAGCUGAAUUAGUUAUUUGGCAUGGUAGAAAUUUCUUUAAUUAGAUUUUUUUCACAAUUAGAUGAUUUAUUUUACUUAGUUUGUUGGAAUAAGACUCCUGUAAGUACUGCUAUUAUAGAUUUGUGUGUAUGGCUGGAUUUGAUGACUCCUGUAAGUACUGCUAUUUUAGAUUUGUGUGUAUGGCUGGAUUUGAUACAAGUCUUGGUGUGAAAGGCAACUCAUUCAUGGUAAGCCCAGAAGUACAUGUUUCUUGAUUGUAGGUAUCUAAUAAUGUUGACGAGUAAUUUUUUUCAUACUGAAUGUUUAGACUUGAAAGGCAGGUUUUGUGCGCUAAUGUUAGUAGUCAUUUGCUAUACCUUAUUUGAUAAUUUGAUCAGUAAUUCAGAGUCAAAGCUAAGCAUUCUGACAAGAGCGUUUUUGUCCCUUUGUCACGGUUAUUGUCUCACAGGCAUGAACUAAACUGAAUGCUUCUACUUGACACACGUUAUGAUUAUUUGAGGAUCAUUAUCGGGGCCUGAUGAUCUUGAAAGAAAGUCGUCUAGGAAACACUAAACACUACUUACAAUAUUGUUUGAAUUUCAAUGGGGAUGGAUGGAUUGCAUUGAUCCAAAAAAUAGUAGAGAAAAGAGAAUGUACUUGGCUAAUAGAACUUGGUUAGGGAAACAAUUACUAGUGAGAUGGUGAUGGUCGAUGACGAUUAGGACGGAUAAGAUUAAUCCAAACCAAUCUGUCCCCAUAAAUUGUUUUCAUACCCAACCAGCCAUCCGCAUUCAUCACGCAUCAUAACCCUGUCUGUAUCCAUCGGAUAGGGGAGAGAAGAAAAGGGAGAGAACAGCACAGCACAAAAGGCACGUGACCACCCAUCCAGCCCAGCUCAACGUGUUAAGACUAUAAAAGAAGCAAGGAAAAGUCCGGCUUAGGUAAAAACAGCUCCUCCUGCUUGUUGCGGCGGCGCCCCCCUGCUCGUUUAUUUAUUUAUUUAUUUAUAUUCCCUUGGAACGCAAACCAAACACUCCCUCUGGCUUCUCCCCCUUCCCCUACUUCAUUUAAUUUAAUUAAAUUAAGUUGCUAGCACUGGCUUAUUCCUUCUUUUAAAAACCCAAGCCUGUUUUAUUUUAUUCUAGAUCAUAGAUAGUAUCUUCUUCCUUCUUUCUUUCUUUCUUUCUUUCUUUCUUCCUUUCCUUUCUUUUCAUGCACACAUACAUAACCUACAGGUAGCAGGAUAUUCUUAUCAUUUCAUAUCAUGACUCUAGUAAUGAAUCGCAACUACAGCUAUAGUACUAUUAAGCAUCUGGGGCCAACUCCACUGUUGAGGAGCGGCAGCAGCGGUACUUGGAAUGAGUUAUUAGGAGGACAUAGCAACGCUACUACUUCAGAGCAUUACAGUAGCAGCUCGGUGAUGAUGAUGGAGAAGAGACAGUUAUUUCUUAGAAGCUACCAGUUCUGUAGGAAAAGAACCGUAACAGAAAGGAUCAAGGGUUCUUUUAUUAGAGUGAAGAGAGUGAUGUGGCUCAAACUAAGAUCUGUUCGUAAACUUAGAAGGUUGGUUUGGUCCAGACUCCGUAAUGCAUUCUGCUAUCGCCGCAGAAUUAGAUUUCUCCCCCUUAAAUUAUAAACCAUAAUCAUCACAACUCUCCCACCUGUACUUUCUGGUAGGAAGCUAUAAUAUUAGUUUAUAAUUUAAUUAUUUUCUUUUGUUCCAGUAAA